AUGGUCAUUUUAAGUGAACAGGUCGGUGCCAUCAAGGCUAUUGUAGAAAGACAUUUAAAUGAUUCGUUAUCCCUAAGACUGAAUCCCGUCAGCCAGUUAGAUGAUUUUUCGAAUGCUGACCAUUUACCCAUUGAUCUAUCUCAGAUGGACCUACAAUUAGCUAUCAGCACCGCUGAGGCCAUAUUAGAUAAUGUGCGUUUCGAAGAUGAUGAAUUGAAACGGGAAUGUGAGCAGUUAUCACAAAAACUUGAACAGAGUGUAGCCCGAUAUAAUGCAGAUUUAUUUGAAAAGGAAAAAGCCAAAAAAGAACAUCACUUAAAACUAAAAACUGCUAAGGCGAAAUUAUCGGUCUACGAAAAAUUCACAAAGACGAAGUUCACCAUUAAUCAAGACUCUAUCACAGCUUUUAUUUUUAACCCGGAUGACAUGGUGCAAUUAACUAUCCCAGAAACUCUGACGAGUACCGAUUUUUGUCAAAUGAUGAAUCCCCUCGAAAAGAAUGUGACGGGACCCAUGUUUAGUGAAAAUGAGAUCAAACAAAUGAAAAAUUUAUGGGGUUGUAUGAAAGUUUCUGAAAAAUGGAAGCACUUAGUCGAACGGCGAUCAUCCACCAAAAUAUCAGAAUAA